AUGGACCAACAAAUAUUGCUCCUCCUGGAGAAAAGAGCCAUCAUUCCGGUACCAGUCGGGGAACAGAAGAAAGGUUUCUACUCUCCCAUAUUUCUGGUGAAAAAACCAAACGAAACAAAACGGUUUAAUUUCCAGUAUCAAGAGUUUCCAAAGACAAAGGAUAACCUCCUUCAGGGAAAUAAUGACAAUAUUGGGACUCAUGAUGUCAACAAUUUCAUGUGUAAAGUGGUCUCAGCACCACUGAAGGUUACUCCAAGCCUUCCUUUUAGAGAAUUGGGACAAAAAUCUAUUAUCUCUGAACAAGAAGAUAAAAAUCCCAUCAUAUCUAAAGAUGAACCUAACCUGGUGGACGAAACAGUCAAACUUAUCCCGAGGGGUCAUUUCCAAGAUCCUGGAAGAGAAGGCUCAGAUUCUCCUGAUCAGACCCUACUGGCCCAGGAGAACGUGGUUCUCUACACUGAAAAACCUAGCAGAAGAAUACUGGUUGCUACCACCCCGACCAGAUCUGCUUCUCCAGGGACCAGUAAUGCAUCCCAGAGUCAGCCAGCUUCGCUUGACAGUCUGGAAACUAAAAGAAGAAUCCUAAGAGGAAAAGGGUUCUCAGAGAACGACAAGUGGGAUCCUUCCAGUGAGUUAGAGGUGAUCCUGAUCUUAGACUUCCUUCAGACAGGGCUUGAUAAAGGUCUAUCCGUGGGCCAACCUCCAGCGUAUGUGAGGGGUGAUGAGCAGAGUACAGAGGACAUUCCUACAGAUAACCGCCCAGGUGACUGUACCAGGAACUUAGAGAAACAUCCGGUGUCUUCAGAUUUUGAAGUAGAUGAUCGUGGUAUCAUACAAGAUAUAUAUGAAGAGCAUGCCAAUAUCCAAGAUAUAUCUUCAACCAAUCACAGCAAAAAAUUAUUUGAUCCUUUUAAACUGGUCCGAUCUUCUGAUUCAUCACAGACUGUAACUCAUAAUAAAAGUCACAGAAAAGGCGUUAAACAUCAAACAGCUCACUUAAGAGAGAAGCCAUUUUCAUGCUCAGAAUGUGGAAAAUGUUUUAAGCAUAAAUCAGCUCUUGAUAGACAUCAUAGAGUUCACACCGGUGAGAAGCCAUUUUCAUGUUCAGAAUGUGGAAAAUGUUUUAACAGGAAAUCAAAUCUUGUUACACAUCAGAUAAUUCACACAGGAGAGAAGCCAUUUUCAUGCUCAGAAUGUGGAAAAUGUUUUAACAAUAAAUCAUAUCUUCUUAUACAUCAGGUAAUUCACAGAGGAGAGAAGCCAUUUUCAUGCUCAGAAUGUGGAAAAUGUUUUAACAAUAAAUCACAUCUUAUUGUACAUCAGAGAAAUCACACAAGAGAGAAGCCAUUUUCAUGCUCAGAAUGUGGGAAAUGUUUUAAGCAUAAAUCAGCUCUUGAUAGACAUCAUAGAGUUCACACGGGGGAAAAGCCAUUUUCAUGUUCAGAAUGUGGAAAAUGUUUUAACAGGAAAUCAAAUCUUGUUACACAUCAGAGAAUUCACACAGGAGAGAAGCCAUUUUCCUGCUCAGAAUGUGGAAAAUGUUUUAACAGUAAAUCAUAUCUUGUUGUACAUCAGAUAAUUCACACAGAGGAGAAACCAUUUUCAUGCUCAGAAUGUGGGAAAUGUUUUAACCAGAAAUCAGCUCUUGUUACACAUCAAAAAAAUCACAGAGAGAAGCCAUCUCCAUGCUUAGCCCUUAAGUGACCACCCUUAUGUGUUUUCAUGGUAGUCAGUGUGGUUAACUGGCUUUAUUCUGUGAGACACUCCUUUUUACAGGGCGAUAAAACAGAAACUUGCUUUAAGUUACCAGAGUUGGCCGAGGUCUUGGAAUGAUGUUUGGGACCGCUGUAAGAGCUCCCCAAACAUGUAUUGUCUCCUGUAUUGAAUCAAUACCAGUCAUCAAAGGACAGAUCCACUUAAAAGUGAAAGUUUAUAUUGUGUAUAUAUAUAUAUCCCCUAUAUAUAGCAAUGAAUGAUAGAUACGGGCGCUCCCACUGGCAGUUUGAAAGUAAUGAGGGACUAUCCAAUAGGGCUUAAUAGAGAUACCUCCCUACUCUAAGGUACGGUAUCCAGACAGGGCCACCCCUUGCGGGGUAGGAACUCUGUAUAGACAGGCAGGGCCGCAUUAGCAAUGGCCCCAUCCCCAACCAGGGAUUUUUUAGGGACAUUGGUUCCCUGCAUGGUCGACACCUAGCAAUUACCAACGACCAUACCUAAAUACCAGCCUAGACGUGGUGCAUCCUCUUCACAGCGCUCGGUUGAUCCCAACCAGGGUUGUGUCGGAAUGGUAAGACUGUUCCUUAUCUCUUAAGCCAUAUUUAUCAUUAUCACCAUUUAUUUGUAUGUGGCGCUAUGUUUUAACUAUAUUAGUAAAAGUUAUAUUUUAAGCUCCCUCAUUACUUCUGUAACUAUCUACCUAUUCCAGCCCAGGUCUGUUCUACCUUUUACAGGAAUUUUUAACAUUAAAAACGUCAAAUAUGAGCUUAUCAAGAAUCAGCUCUUACUGGGUUUCAUCAGUAAUGUGCAAGUUCUCCCAACAAGUGACCCAGGUGAGGAUUGUCUUAUUACAUAGAAGCCAUUACUCGCCCUUCUAAAGGAAUACUAUCUUAAUCUGUACACCAUGACCAAAAUGUACCUGUAGUUAAAUCCACCAAGUGGGGUCCCCGUCACCCCUGUAUUUGUAGAAGUCAUGUGCUUCACUCAUCUCACAUGAAUUUACCAGUGGGGGAAUUCUUGGUUAUUUUCUUCUUUGUAUGUCCCACCAGAUUUGGAUUGUUUAAGUUUUAUAAUAGAAGACUUGAUAUAAAAUAUUUUUAUUGGAUAUAUAGAAUUUUGGAUCAUUUUGUUUCCUAUGUUUAUUCUCAUUCCUGUUAUUGUAUGGUGAUACGGAUAUGAUAUGUUUUACUUGGAGUAUCUCUAAUAUUCAGGCUGUUCCAUGAGCUCCAUGGGCGCAGUUACAGUUUUGUUUGGGUUUUUAAUCGGAUCUUACAGGAUACCUCGGAUGGAGGGAGGGGGAUAAUGAUUCUUUCCUGUUUCUAUGGAUGGUUUUGGAUGCUGCCCCUUAAAGGGGUAUUCCCAUCACCCACUUUAGCAUUAUCUUCAACUGCCUUUCUGGUCCUGCUUCCCUUACUGUGCUUGUUAUGUGGGCAGAGCUAAGUAUACAGGGAUUAAACAGGGAGAAACUGAGUGAUGUACUGAGUAUAUAUAUUAUAUAGACAGUAGUCAUACCUUACCCUUCUGAAGCACUGGGGAUCUUUCACAUCCAUAUAACACUAUACUUUCUGAGCUUUCAUUCUCCCCAGAUCAUCCUUUGCCUGCUGCCUAACACUGCUUGCUAUUGGGGUGACGGCAGUGUUUUGUGGAUCCGCAAUUUGCAGAUGCGCAAAACACCUAUGGACGUCUGAUGGACCCUAACAGUGUAAUAACAUCAAAGCACACUGACAGCCCUGACAAGGGCUCCACUGUUCUUAUUUUUUUACCUAACUGACAAGCAGAGCUCAAAAACUGCUGCUGAACACGUCCCAGAGCCGUCCUACUGAAGUAGAUGCAGAGAGGUAGCCGGGAGCUACUGCACAUGAUCCUACCAGGUACACUCCUGAGAAUCUAGCCAGGUUUAUCACUAAAGCGCAAGGCCGGCCAUCACUGCAGGAUGGCACAGGUGGCCGUAUCCCAUGGAAACCAAUUAUAAACAAGCCAGGGAACAACGGAGGAAAAUAAGGAAUAUGACGCAAAAAAGAAAACUAUGGGUAUUUGCAUUUUUCAUCAACUUUACAUAAGGGACAGUGUGAGAUAUGAUUGUUAAGAUGGGAAUACCCCUUUAAUAUAUUCUGUAGGUGACUGCUUGUUUUGUGCACAUAGUGGUCUCUACCUUGCCAGGCAGGGCCGUUAUGGUGCAGAAGCUUCACUCGUCACAUUUGGAUGUCACACAUUCCAAAAUAUAUUUUAAAAGUGUCAAAAUAUUUAAUAGAGCCGCUGAAGCAGAUGGCAGCGUGAGUCGGUAGCUCCUCUGCUCCCAAGCGCUAAAACCCACUAUUUAGCAUGCGCCCGGACUCCAAAAUGGUGAAAUACGGGCGAGAUAGGGGUCUGGACCCGACUGAAUCCCCAAAACACCAAAAAAAAACAGCCGGUUAUGCAAAGAUUUCUCACCAAGAGAGACUAUCAGCAGCCCGGAGCUGGUUCCAAGAUGGCGACGGGUCUGUAAAAAGCACCACAAGACACACACAACAGCCAGGACGCGGGCGGAGAGGAGUCGGGGAGCACAAACAUCUCCAGAUCCUUUUUGACCAGAGACUUAGAACAAGCUCUCAAGCCUGUCCUGGCAGAACUGUCAGUUAUUAAAUCAGAGCUCUCCCACAUAGGCAACCGUGUAGAGACACUAAAAUUCACUUCAGCGGAUUGUAUGAUGCAUUCAGCUGCAAUGGCUGACCGACUAGCGACGCACACGGAGGAAAUAAACAGCCCUCACCAUGAUAGAGGACCAGGAGAAUUGGAGUAGGCAGCGAAACAUCCGAAUAAAGGGACUUCCCGAAAGUUUGGCCGCAGAAGCACUCCAUAAAGUUGCAAUGGAAAUAUUUGCGAACCUCCUAGGCCAGGAGAGAGCUCAAUCAAUAAUAAUAGAGCAUAUACACAGGGCACUGAGGCCGGUGCCAAAGCCCUCAGAAAGACCGAGGGAUGUGGUCUGCGCCAUCCAGAUCACAGGCUGUACGAGAACAACAUCCUACCUGACUUUCCAGAAGACCGGCUCGCAGAGUUGUUGAGAUUAGAUGGGGAUGAUGGAAAGUCUGUGAUUGCAUGCGGGUGGGAAUUGGGGCGAACUGGGGUUUGCAGGCCAUGACUGACUGUGUGAUCUUUCAGCAUACCUUGUUGUACUAGGUGGUCCUGGACCCCAGUCAUGCCAUCGCCCUUGCGGCUAUUGAAACUCCGCCGUGUGAGCUAGAAGUCCGCAACAAUAGUUAAUCGUGGCACUCAGGUCUCAUGACCUAUGUUUUUUAGGUUCUCUGUUUUAAGGUCAUGAUAUGGGAUCUUUGCUGCAUGCUUUAUUUCUCAUGUAUACCUAAGUCAUUAUAGCCUUAGUCCUCUGUGGGCCCUCUACUAACUAGAAAAAAAAGAAUUUGAAACGCGCCGGUUGGUGUGUGCCUCAAAUGUGUUUUCUUGCUGCGGAUCCGCGUUAGGUGCCUUCGGAUUAAUAGCCGUUUUCAAACGACCGAGUAGGGAUCUCCUAUGACAACCGGAGGCACCCGGCGAGGACUCUCUAGAAGAUAAAGCUCCCUAAUCGGUCAUGUUAGACCUCCAUGUUAUGUCCGGUUUGCAAGUUCACUUCCUGUUUUAUUUUUUAUAUGGAGUGGAUGGAGGUGCAGGGAUCUUAUGCUAGGCAAUUCUAUAAAACCUUUACCCCUGAUCACAUCUGCCCUCUCCUCUGAACACUAUACAAGAUUUAGCGAUAAUACAUCUGAUCACGGUGGGGUGAGCAUCCCGUGGAUAUUCACAGGGCUGUCUAGUUAAGACAACGUAGAGGAGGACCAGUGUUUCGUCUAAGCAUUCCUACUUCUGCAGUAAACUAAAAGAGUAGAGACUUCCUGCUCUCUUUCUCUAAAUGAUAGGCCUUUCCUCCUCUUUUGGUCCUACCCCCUUGUUCAAUCCCCAUCCGACCACCCUCCUAAUCUUGUAUCCCGUAGCUUCAUUAUUUACCACUGAAUUCAUCAUCCGGGUGCUCAACCAAACCCCCCUAAAAACUCAGAUUCUAUCGUGUGUGGGUACUCAGUCUAAGCUUGAAUGGCUGACAUUUCGAUUACUACCUUAAAUGUUAAAGGUAUGAAUUCCCCCAACAAACGGGGUCAACUCGCUAUCUUGUUACGUAUCCUUAAAUCACAGAUAAUUUUCCAACAGGAAACACAUUUUAAACAAGGGAAAAUCCCGAAGGUCCCUUUAUAUCCUUUAAAGAGAUGGUAUCACAGCUGCCACCCCUCGUCUGCUUUCAAAGGGGUGUCCAUAGGUUUUCACCACUCGGUGCCCUUUAAUCUACAUCAGCAGCUUGGGGACGUGAAAGGCAGACUCCUGCUUUUCAAAUGAGAAAUAGCCUCCCAAAAAGUCACCCUAGUCAAUUUUUAUGCCCCUAAUACCUCCACAGCUUCCUGGGUAUUCAAAGCCCUGGACACGCUGAAGGCAUUUGCAGAGGGCCCAGUGAUAUUGGGUACAGAUCUUAACCUAGCAGACUCUUCAACAGGCAGAUCUCAUAUCUCACAAAGACAUCUAGGUAAACGUCAUACUAAACUGCAAGCCUUGAAUCUCAUUGAUGUCUGGCGUCACCUUAAUCCCACUACAAGGGAUUACGCCUUCUAUUCGAUUCCCCACACCUCCUAUCAAAGGCUGGAUUAUGUCUUGCUCUCUGCUCCCCUUCUCCAGACUUGUAAGAGGGCUAAAAUUGGUUCCGUAACGAUCUCGGACCACGCCCUCUGUACAGUGUCUCUCACCCUGGCCUCCAUUACACGCGAAAAUUGGACAUGGAGAUUAAACGAGUCCCUGCUACAUAAUCCUAGUCAUUGCGAGGGAAUCAGAGAGGUUAUUUCCUCCUACUUCGCUAUUAAUACUACGACAGACUGCAAAUAUCCCAUUGUAUGGGAAGCGCAUAAGGCAGUUGUCACAGUCGUAUUGUUGUUGGACCAUGGCGCGGUUGUCAUGCAGACUGGUUGCCACGGGCAACGUGUAGUUUACAGUUUGCACAUGCACUUCUACUUUAAG